GUAGACCUAAUUAUUUCCGUCCCUCUCCCAAAUCUCCAAAUUUUGGAGUUGAUUUUGCUAAAACUUAAAACCCAUUCGAACCUAAUUGCCAAAUUCAUUUCCUCGACUCUAAUCCAUCAACGACAGGAGGUCAAUAGGUGAGUUUGUGUUGAUUUUGGGUGAUUUCUUCCUAAUCCUCUUCGUUUCUUCUCUCUGCCAGAGGUGUUGCUAACGCGGAUUGGAACAUUCUCGAUGAUGUGGCGGAGUUUGACCUCUAGGUCAUCCUCUUCCUCCUUUAACACUGGCUUCUCAUACUCCACAAUCGCCGUCGAUCCCACUGCAGGAGGACGCAGCGAUAGUCCCGAUUUCUAUUCCGCCAACGCUAACUGCAUGUUCGCGUCCUUCGGUCUGCCUGUCAACAUUUUGUCUCAAAACCCUAACAAAACUGAGACUUUAUGGUUUUUAGGAAGAUAAUUUAACUCCUGUUUGAGUUUGACUGACAAUUUGUAGGGUUUUGCAUAAUCAAGGGAUUUGGGGUUGGAGAAUAAGUGCUACAGGGGAGAGAGGUUGCUGCUCUGGAUCUGCUUGAAACCCAUUUCUCCCUUUUUCUACCACUAUUUCCAUCUGUCAUCUCUCGAUUUCAUUGUUUCCUCAGG